UAUUGUCCCGCGUCCACACUGUCUCCACUUCCCAACUAAAAAACCUCACUCCACGCUUUCAAGCCCCCAAACCUCCUCCAACAGCAGAUCAAACCACAACAAAAACCAAGGAAGAAAAAGAAGAUCGAGAUGGGAAUAGUUGAAGAAGCUCACAACAUCAAGAUCUUAGGCUCAAGCGAUCAUCAAACAAUCGUCCUCGCUCAUGGCUUCGGCACCGAUCAAUCGGUCUGGAAACACCUCGUCCCUCAUCUCGUCGACGAUUACCGAGUCAUCCUCUUCGAUAAUAUGGGCGCUGGAACAACCAACCCUGAAUACUUCGAUUUCGAUCGCUACUCUACUCUCGAAGGCUAUGCCUACGAUGUGCUCGCUAUUUUGGAAGAGCUUCGAGUCCAAUCCUGCAUUUUUGUUGGCCACUCUGUCUCCGCCAUUAUUGGCGCUAUUGCUUCUAUUACUCGUCCUGACCUUUUCGCCAAAAUCAUCAUGAUCUCUGCUUCUCCAAGGUAUUUGAACGAUGUGGAUUACUACGGAGGGUUCGAACAAGAAGAUCUAGAUCAGCUAUUCGAAGCAAUGCAAUCAAAUUACAAGGCGUGGUGCUUUGGAUUCGCACCAUUGGCAGUGGGCGGCGACAUGGAUUCAGUGGCGGUGCAAGAGUUUAGCCGGACUUUGUUCAACAUGAGGCCAGACAUAGCGUUGUGUGUCGGGCAGACUAUAUUUCAGAGCGAUUUGAGGCAUUUAUUGUGCAACGUGACCGUGCCAUGUCACAUAAUACAGAGCAUGAAGGACUUGGCCGUGCCAGUGGUGGUUUCCGAGUACCUCCAUCAGAACCUUGGCGGCAAGUCAAUCGUUGAGGUCAUGUCAACUGACGGUCAUUUGCCGCAGUUGAGCUCGCCGGACAUUGUUGUUCCUGUGCUCCUCCGACAUAUCCGUUUCGAUAUUACUGUGUAAUUUUGUUAUGUACUUUUCUUUGAUAUGUGUUUGUUUGUUUUUUUCCCCCCUAGUGUUUGUCAUUUUGUGUGGUCGUGUACUUGAAUCAAUGAAUUGCUAGGGAAGAUUGGGUACAAAAUUGGACUCAAUAAUCUCGUAUGAUGUGAAUUUCACUUUUUAUAAUUUUAUAUGGAAUGUUUGUGUUAGAUUUUGUGAUU